CCGAACGUCUCUGUCACCAAACUACAACAUCAUGGCCAAAAAGAAGAACAAGCAGAUUCUGCGUCCUUGGUGUUGGUACUGUGAACGAGAAUUUGAAGAUGAGAAAGUUCUCAUGCAGCAUCAAAAGGCAAAACAUUUCAAGUGCAAUAUGUGUCCUCGUCGCUUGAACACGGCCGGAGGUCUCGCCGUCCAUAUCCAGCAAGUUCAUAAACUUGAGCCUGAGAAUCUACCCCGCAUAGAAAACGCGCUUCCGGGCCGAGAUGGAUAUGAGGUUGAGAUUUUUGGGAUGGAGGGCAUCCCUGCUCCUGACGUGGCGGAUUACAAGCGUCGUAAGGAAAUCGAGUUGGGUUUGAGUGCUGGAUCUAUCAGUCAACCUCAAGCAAAGCGACCCAAGACUGAAAACCGUCCGCUCUCUGAAGACGAGCUCAAAGCACAGCUUGAAGCCCAUAAGGCGCUUAUGGGGGCGAAUGAGGCUCCGUCGGUAGCAUCCGCUUCGGAAAAUCAGGGCGCGGUAUACGGUGCUCCUCCACAGGCGUAUGCUGCUCCUCCUGCCCCGUCGCCCAUAUCCCUCCCUCCCAUGCCCCCGUCAAUGCCUCCAGGUGCGCCACCCUUCUUCCCUGGAAUGCCAAUGCCUCCGGGUGUCCCUCCAGGACAGAUGCCGUUCCCUCCUUUCCCUCCUGUGCCUGGUAUGCCUCCUGGCGCGCCACCUUUUCUCCCUCCAGCAGGAUUCCCGGGUGCACAUCCUAUGGGCAUGAUGCCGCCAGGUGGAUUCCCUCCCCCGCCAGGCAUGCGUCUUCCGCCCCCAGGGUUCCCGCCAUUUGCACCUGGCGCUUCUCCGCCAUUCCAACCUCCGAACAUGGCAACCCCGCCUAUUUCGGGUGCCACACCGAUGCCUCCAUCGGCCUCUGUCACUCCCAAUCCCCCAUUUGUCGCUCCAGUACCGGGCUCUGGUAUUUCUCCUGCUCCGUCCGGCGCUCAUAGGUCCUCGCCACCCAUUGUUCCGCCAAAACUAACGCUGCCCAAUCCUUCGUUGGCUCAAACAAAUCCUGAUCUGAAGAAGAAGACUUUCCUCAAAUACCCGGAGCCCAAUUUCUCUCCGGACGAGGUCCGCGCCAUUCAUCCCAAAUACUAUUUCGCUAAGGGCCAGCUUUCAUCUACUUCUGAAUCGAAGACUGAUGCCGCGCAAGGAUCAUAUGCGCAGGAGGAGUCGAGAGGGAAGAAGCGGGCUAGGGCCGAAGAUUUUCUCUAGCCCUCGGCGAAUUUCCUUGGAUAACUGUCUCGACGCUAAUGUCAGCUCGACAUUUCGGGUUGACGACGAGGCAGAGGUUCGGUGUUGGUGUAGGACAACGCGAGGCUCAUCAGUCCGUCCUUCCAUCUGUGCUCUCAUCGCAGAACCUUUCGCUCUACUCAUCACCGUUAUACUUGCGUGCCACGACAAGCUGGCCGCUGAGCUUGUGUCAGGCGAAGGUAGUGGUUGGUGCUUCUUUUUUCCAUUGUUCCAUCUUCAGGCCCUUCUGUAUUUCGUACGGUCGGUCUUCUCCUCUUUGUCGUAUUACAUCUCGCGAGCAAAAAUGUCGAAUACAGGUUCGUAAUCAUGC